AUGCGCCCAUCAGCUCACUUCAUCCAUCUACUCUCCCUCUUCUCCCUCCUCUCCCUUUCUCACGCAGACUCAGUACUCUUCUCUCAAUUUGUUGGCGCCACGGCCAUCCCUGCGACCUAUGUCGGGACCCUGUCAGAGGCUAUGAGUAUAUGCACCAACUACAUCCAUCAAAUACCCAAUCCAUCUGGUCUCCCCGCCACCGCAUUCAGCCAGAUUUUCCAAGAAGAUGUCGACGGCGUGUGCAAAUUUUGCUCUAGCCUUGCACAGACUAGAAUUGAUUCUUGCUGCGGCCAGGCGAGUUCAAGUGCUUGUUUUGCUGGCUUUGGUGGCGACGCAGUGCCGGCCACGGCAUCGGCAUCGACAACAGCAUCAACAUCAGCUGGCGGCUCGACGAUAAUCUCUUUUCCAACGUCUGUUGCAGAUAGUGCUUCUUCAACUACGACGUCGGCAACUGCUACCAGGACCGCAGCUGCAGCUACAUCGUCAGCUAUAACCACCACGUCGGCAUCCAAUGCCAAUCAACAUGCAGCGGUGCACCUUGUCCAACCCAUCGCUAUUGCCUUGCUCGGCUUAUUGAUCUGA